AUGGGUCGCGACAAGAAGAUUGCCAACGCAAUGAAGCGUUCGGAGCAGCACCGGAAGUCCCGUCGUGAGAAGGGACAGGAGAAGCUGAAGCGUCGCAUGGCUAAGGCUGAGCGCGGAGAGGGCGGUGAAGAGCUCCGUCAGGCCCGUCUGGCGAAAAACAUCCCGCGCACUAUCGACAACACCCGUAUCUACGACUCGUCCUCAUACCUGACUGCCGACCCUGCCAGCUUGCGGGCGGCCGAGGAGCGUGCUGCCGCAGCUUCAAGGCUAGUCAACGCGGAGGAGGACGAGGAGCAGGACGAUGAGGAGAUGGACCAGGACGAAGAGGACGACUCGGAAGAGGAGGACGAGGAGGACGAGGUUGCCUCAGCCACGAAAAAGAGGGCCAUGAAGCGUAAGGCUGAGGAUGAUGCUGAGGCAGAGGAAGACGAGGACGAGGAAGGGGAAGAGGACGAGGAAGCUGAGGAAGAGGAGGCCGAGGAGCAGGAGGAGCAGGCGCCGGUCAUGACUGGUCCUCCGCGCAUUCUUCUCACUACAUCGCCUGGUCCCACGAAGGCGACGUACCAGUUCUGCGACGAGCUCAAGAACGUCUUCCCCGGAGGCGAGUUCUUCAAGCGUCCCAAGGGCCGAGGAUUCGAGCUUGGUCGUGUUGCCCGUUGGGCUGCGAAGCGCGGAUACCACGCUUGCAUAGUCGUCAAUGAGGAUCACAAGAAGCCCAACGCUAUUACGCUUAUCAACCUCCCCGCUGGUCCGACAGCGUACUUCAAGCUGUCCAGCGUGCAGCUCAGCUCUGAGAUCUACCUCAUCCUCAACGGCUUCACGACGCUGCUCGGUAACGCUGUUGGACGCAUGUUCGGUCAGCUCUUCCCUUCGCUUCCCCAGUUCCGUGGACGACAGGUCGUCACCCUCCACAACCAGCGAGACUUCCUCUUCUUCCGCCGUCAUCGUUACGCCUUCGCUUCUCCGACAGAGGCCAAGCUCCAAGAGAUUGGUCCCCGCUUCACGCUGAAGUUGCGAUGGAUGCGUAAGGGUCUGCCGGGCGUCAAGGCUGCUGAUGGACGUAUGGCUGCUGGAGGCGACAAGGGCGGCGACACCGAGUUCGCUGUGGAUGACAGUGACGACGAGGAUGUCGCGCAGCAGGAGAAGGAUGACGAGGCUGAGGCCGCUGCCGCCAUGGCCCGCGGCGAGAUUACUCCCAGCGGCCAGCCGAUCCCGGCCCUGGACGAGGAGCAGGAGUACGAGUGGAAGUGGAAGCCCAAGAUGGAGGUGUCUCGCCGAACCUUCUUCCUGUAG